CGUCACAGGUGGAUCGUGUACCCUCUUUUCUUUCUCUGGGGAUAAGGUUCUUAAAAGUUAAAACCCGCCUCUUCUCCUCAUUCAAAUUCUGGAUUUUCUCUCUCUAAACCCCUUAAAUCCUUCAUUCUCUCUCUCCAAAGCAUUGGGAAAUUUGUAGUGAUGCUUUCAUCCUCUCUCUAAAACAAUACAAUUUCCUCAUCCUCUCCCUCUCUAAGCAAUUGGGGAAAUAUGGUGAUUUCAAAUGCCAAUAAUCAUCGAUCUGCAACUCCCUUGAGCUCAUGGGAAACCCUAGUUUUGAGGCCGAGAGGACCUCCAUUGCUGCAACUUUUCACUAAAAAUCGACGAAUUUUUGACACCUUCACCUUCUCUGCGACUUCUGCUUGUAAAUCUCCCUCUCCUCUUCUUGAAAACUGGUCGAUUGAGCCCAAACUUGGGGAAAUUGAUGGCCAUUUACCCAAUCUUCAAGCUCCGAAAUCGAAACGCCAAAGCUUGAACAAGUUUAUACAAGGCCUCUUCAGGAACCGUCAAACGGAAACCUUAGCUUUUGAUUAUUAUCAGAAAGCAAAGGAUCAGCCUGAAUUUUUGCCAGAUCAAUUCACCGUGAACGCUUUGGCUGGGUUUAUCCUGAGAACGAAGCAAUGGAGCUUGUUCGAAGAAUUUCUUGUGGUUGAUAUCAAACGGUUCUCGGUUUUUCCUGAUGAUCAAAUAUGUUGCAGGGUUCUGAGAACCUGUAUAAAGGCUAGAAAGUUCAAAAUCACCGAUCUUUUGCUGGAUGUUUUCGGAAAUGAUAAAAAAUUGGGGGUUCAAGCUUAUGAAUCGGCCAUGAGAGGCUAUAACAAGCUUCAUAUGUUUACAAGUACCAUUUCGGUUUAUGAGAAGAUGAAAUUGGCUGGAAUUUCACCAGAUUCUAAUGGUUUUUAUCAGAUAAUGGAAGCUUAUCAUAAAUUAGGGCAACCAGAAAACGUUAUGGAAGUUUUCAGGCAAUUUGAGGGCCAAAGUAUGGAUGUUUCCAUGUCAGAAAAAAAGAUUUAUGCUGUGCUUUGUGAUUCUCUUGGAAAAUCGGGCAAAGUGGAUGAAGCUUUAGGGUAUUUCCGAGAAAUGCGGGCAAAAGGGAUCAAACCUGAUAAUUCUUUCUAUACUUCAUUGAUUUGCUCUUCUGCAAAAGUAAAAGAUGUCAAAUUAGCCGAAACUCUAUUCAAAGAAGGAAAAAGCAAAGGCCUGGUUAAGGACCCAUCAAUCUUUUUGAAACUGGUUUUGAUGUACAUAGAAGUGGGCUUGGUUGAUAAAACACUAGGAAUCGUAGACUCCAUGAAAGAGCUCAACAUCAGGGUUUCAGACUGUGUUCUAUGCGCAAUUGUGAAUGGCUAUGCAAAGAAACGUGGAGUUCGAUCUGCCAUUGAAGCUUACGAUCAUCUGAUUUCAAAUAGUUGCCAACCUGGUCAGGUAACUUAUGCCUCUGUGAUAAACCUCUAUUAUCGAUUAGGCCUAUAUUCAAAAGCUGAAACCAUCUUCUUGGAGAUGCAAAACCAGGGUUUUAACGAGUGUAUCAUAGCCUACUCUAACGUGGUAGCCAUUUAUGGUAAGACUGGUAGAAUUAAAGAUGCCAUGAAACUUGUUGCACAAAUGAAACAAGUGGGUUGUUCACCAAAUGUGUGGGUCUAUAACUCAUUGUUGGACAUGCAUGGAAAGGCCAUGAAUCUUAGACAAGUUGAGAAGACAUGGAAAGAAAUGAAAAGGAGGAGAGUUCAACCAGAUAGGGUCAGUUAUACUUCUGUGAUAUUGGCUUACAGUAAGGCUGGUGAGUGUGAAGAAUGCAUGAGGUUUUUUAAGGAGUUUAGGAUGAAUGGCGGUAGGAUUGAUAAAAUCAUGGGUGGGAUAAUGGUUGGGGUUUUCUCUAAGAGUAAUAGGAUCGACGAAUUGGUAACAUUGUUACAAGAUAUGAAGUUGGAGGGCACACUGCUUGAUGAGAGGUUGAAGAGAUCAGCUGCUAAUGCUUUGAGAGAUGCAGGGCUUCAGGCUCAAGUGGGAUGGCUCAAUGAGAGCUUCGGGACGAAGCUUGUUGAGAAACAAAGUAUUUAGAAAGACACCAAAUUGAACGGUUUUCAAGUUCUCCUGGCCUUGGUCAUGUGAUUCUUGGUGCAUUUUUUGAGCUUCUUAAUACAAGAGGCUUUUGGCUGGUGGCCUUUGGUGUGGAGAUGUGACACCCAGUUUGUUCGAGGAAGCUCAUGAAACUUGUCAAUUACGUGAAAUGAUGGGAAUCCAUAACCUCCAAGAAAAAGAAAAGGAAGAAAAUCAGAGUACUGGUAUUCUUGGAAGAGCAUUUGGGGCAGAACCAUUUGAAUUUUUCAAAUGGGAGGAGUGCAAGUAUUAGUUAGGGGCAAAGUUCUUUGGGGGAGAACCAUUUGAAUUUUUCAAAUUGGAGUGCAAGUAUUAGUUAGGGGCAAAGUUCUACUCUAAUUUUGAGAUUUUACUGAUUGAGGUGAUGAUUUUGACGGUAAAGAAGUGCCUGAAGAAUAAAUAUCCUUUGAAAUCAAUAGGUUCAGUAAUCUAUUCAUUUUCAAGAAGAAAAGUGCUGUGUUUAGCAUUCACUGGUGCUUACGUAACCAUGAGAUGUAAUUGUGGAAAAUUUGUUGAUACCAAAUACAUAAAAGGGAGAGAAGAAAAACUUUCGUUGAUAUUAUCUGUUGGAUUAUCCAAAAGGAAAAGGGAAUGAUGUAUAUAUACAGUCCUCUCUCCAUGCACCUUAGGGAAGCUUUUCAUUGAUUGGAGUUCAUAGGCCAAGCUUAUGAGGAGGAAGUCUGGGAUAAAAUGGAAGUAUUGGGCUAUGUAAGAGCUGAUAGGCACUCAUCCAUACUUCUCAUAGCCGUGGCUACAACGAGGUCAUGAAACCAGCCAUGCCCCCUGAACCAAGUGCUCCAGAACCCAAACUUGUACCCUCUUCUUACUCCUUUGAAUACUGAGUGGAGGAUGAGUUUGAUGGCUUACCCAUGGAUCCCCCUUCCAAAACCGAAAACCCGAAUUGCUUUCUCCCAAAUCUUUCGUUCACGUGUAAGCUUCUUAAUCUCUUUCAUCAAAUUACUUCAUUAGCAAUUUAAUUUGAGGUCUCACUAUUCGCAACAAUCCAGCCAGGCCAUGAUACAAAGAGGUUUAUGGAAA